GUGUAUCGUCUGCAAACCAAUGAAAACUCAGUGCCGUGGUUAUUAUUUUUAGAGCAUUCUGUUUUCAAUGAAAUGGAAGGGGUGGAUUACUAUAAUUAACCGAUUUUUUUACUACAACUCUUCAAUACAAAUACUACUUAAACACUGCAUUUACAAUGCGCCAGCCAGCCAGCAAGGAAGAGCUUGUUGAUGAGUGUGGUAGCAAAUGGGAGAGCUCAGCAUGCUAGCCAGUGGCUGGAGUGGCCCAGUUAGUAGUGGAGACAAGAAUCAAUAGACGAUCAUCUGUGUUGGUGGCUGCUGAUUGAUGGGAUUAACACCAUUGUGUGGCAGGACUUCCUCCACACAUUCACACAGGCUUUUUAAUUCGUCCUCUCCACUGGUGCUGUCUCACACAAUGGACAAUUAAGUGCUGAAAGAAGGCAUCAUGUGGAGUGUUAGAAGCUGUAACUUUCUGCUGUUUUUUCUCAUACUAAAAACUGAUGCUCAGCUGUAUGAGAAUAGAAUAGAUUGUGGGGAAGUUAACGACACAAUGAUACCCAAUCCACCUGAUGGAGUGUGUCCUGACAUAGAUGUAAAGAACACCUACAGAAACCUGAAGCUGCUCACUAACUGUACAGUCAUUGAAGGUUCUCUACACAUCUCUCUCUUUCACAAUGUGCAUAAGUCAGAGUAUGAGAAGUACAGCUUCCCCAAACUGCGUGAGAUCACUGGCUACCUGAUGCUGUACCGGGUGUAUGGCCUUGAGUCCCUCCAGAACCUGUUCCCCAACCUGCGGGUCAUCCGUGGCCACACCCUGUUUUUCCGCUUGUAUGCACUGGUGGUCCAUGAGCUGCCCGACCUGAAGGACCUGGGCCUGAUAGAUCUGGUCACCAUACCAAAUGGUGCGGUCAGGCUGACCAACAACCACAACUUGUGCUACGUCAACACUAUCGACUGGUCCCGUCUGGCUCCUGGUGUUGACCCAUCCAAACACCAAAUCAUUAACAACAGAGAUGAGCUGAUGUGUACCAACAUUUGCAAUGACAGUUGUCCAGCACCAAGUGGCCCUAAAAGUAGAAGGUGCUGGAAUUCUCAAGCCGAGGCCUGCCAAAAAGAUGCUGAUGUAAGCAGCUCCUGCCACAAGUACUGUUUGGGUGGAUGUACUGGACCAAGCAAAUCUCAGUGUAUUGCCUGUACCAAUGUCACUCUCAAUGGUGAAUGCUGGCCUUACUGCCCCAAAGGCACUUACAUGUACAUGAAUUACAGGUGUCUUACAGACCAUGAGUGUAUGAAACUUAAGAAACACUUCCCUAGGGCUGGCACGCCAGAAAAAAUUAGUCACAAACUUUAUCAUGGAGAGGAGGGCAAACCCAGCCAGUGUGUUUUCAUGUGUCCACCCAACUUCAUGGACAACCAAAAUAAUGAUAUUAAAGAAUGUGUACCUUGUCAAGGUGUUUGCCCCAAAGAUUGUGAGAAUAAAGGAACCAUCAACAGAGUACAAGACACAGAAUAUUUAUUUGGCUGCACAACUUUGAAGGGAAAUUUGAUCAUUGUCCUGAGCUCUAAAUCAACCAACCUUCAGCAAGAGCUGACCAAGAACCUGGGCCUGCUACGGAAUGUGACUGGCUACAUUAAAAUCAUGUUCUCUGUCUCCCUGCUGAGUCUCAACUUCUUGAAGAGUCUGGAAUACAUAGGUGGCUCUUCACUAGUCCACCAGAACUACAGUUUACUAGUGAAAGACAACAUCAACCUUGAAAAACUGUUUCCAGAAGAACAGACAAAAAAAUUGUUCAUUAACAGAGGAGUGGUUAGUUUCCACGGCAACCGUAAACUGUGUAUUAGAGAGAUUGAAACCUUCAAAAACUUGACCCAGAGUCGACACAACACUUCAUCAGUGACCUACGACUGGAACACCAUGACAAAUGGUGACAACAGCCCAUGUGAUGAGGCCCUAAUUCGCCUGACUGUGGAGAAAAUGAAUGUCUUGCAAGUUGAGAUCUCUCUCCAUCUAGAGCUGCAGGAUGGGGACACACGACGCAUAGCAGGAUACCAAAUCUAUUAUAAAAAUGUCACAGAGCCAGUGAACAACAUCUAUGAGAUCAAGGACGCCUGCUCCACCUCUGCCUGGAUGACAGACUGGGUCUCACUAGAGACCAAGACCUACAACAUCACCCAUCUCAAUGCUGACACUGUCUAUGCUGUCUAUGUCGAGGCUACCAAUCUUGCUUCUGCUACAACAACAGCCGUCUCUAAAGUGGUCUACUUCAGAACUUCUCCCAGCGUGCCCAAGGAACCAGUUGAACUCAAGUUCAGCUCCACAGACCCUCAUGAGAUGGUUGUAUCCUGGAAACCCCCUCUAGAAACCAAUGGCAAUGUGACCCACUACAAAGUCUUGUCCAGACUCCAGCCAUGGAACAAUGCCAGUUUCCACCAGAUGGACAAAUGUAAAAGUGAUGGUUAUGUGUUGGCAAAAAGAGAAGAAAAGGUAAAAGAGGAGGAUAAAGAAGAUGUAAAUCUAAACGAAACGUGCUGUGCUUGUCCCAAAUCCCCUGGCAAUGACUAUGAUGAAACUAUCUUGAUACUUGAUGUUUAUUUUGAGGAUCACAUUCAAGGCAUUGUUUACAUCAGGCCACUGGCAGAGACUGGGAAAUGUGUCAACACCAGCCAGCUUCACCUGCCACGUAAUAACACACCUGAGGAGCACAGCCCUCAGCCCCAGCAGGAGGAGCGCAUCAUCCAGCCUGUGUACAGGAAGUCUGGCCUGGACUUCUCCGACCCUAUCACGCAUCACGACCUGCCAAAGGUCGAGAUAAAGAGGAACUCAAGCGUGUCCACCAGCUCCAGUUUACCUGGGGACAACAGCAGCAGUGGCAGUGAUCCCAACAAGAACCUGGAGGUCAUCGUCUACGACACUCACAUCACCCUCACCAACCUAGAACAUUACCAUAGGUAUCAUAUUGAGGUGAUUGCCUGUCAUGAAACUGACCCAGUGACCAACAAAAAACUUUGUGGGAAAAGUGCAGUAGGUUCCAGUGUAACCAUGCCUGAUGUUCAGGCUGAUAACAUCAACAGCUCUCUGGUCAGUGUGCAAGUACUGUCCAGAGAUGUGCUGGUCAGGUGGGAGCCACCCCCUCACCCCAAUGGACUUUUGCUCAUGUACAACAUUCAAGUCAAGAAAAUGGUUGAAGUUGAGAUCAAGCCAACCACCUUUUGUGUAAGUUUGCUGGAGUACAUGAACUCAAGCAAGAGCUAUUUGCUGAAGGACUUUGGGCCAGGAAAUUAUUCCCUGCAGAUUCGGGCAAUAUCAUUGGCUGGGAAUGGCACAUACACACCAGCUGUUUACUUCCAGGUGUAUCAGGAUUCCCCAGACUCUCCAACCAACAUGCUUGUGGGAAUAAUUGUUGCAGCCGUUGCUCUCAUUUCUUUGGUUGUCAUUAUUGUUUUUGUCCGUCUCAGGUCCAAACGUAAGGCUGCAGUGAUAGUGUCGCAAAAUGCAAACUAUAUCCCUACAGAAUUGUUGUACUCUGCUGAUGAAUGGGAGAUUCCCAGAGAAAACAUACGUCUAAUCAAAGAAUUAGGUCAAGGCUCUUUUGGAACUGUUUUUGAAGGAUUGAUGGACGACCCUGAGUUCAAGUGCAGUAUUCCAGUUGCUAUAAAGACUGUUGGAGACAAAGCUGACUUCCAUGAGAGGCUCAAAAUAUUAAAGGAAGCAACAACCAUGAAAGUUUUUGAGUGCCAUCAUGUGGUCAAGCUGCUUGGUGUUGUAUCCAAAAGUCAGCCUGCCCUUAUCAUCAUGGAGCUCAUGUCAUUGGGUGACCUGCGCAAUCAUUUACGCAAGUGUCGCAUGGAACAAGAGGAGUUCCCAGACUUCCAGCCACCAACUGUGAGUGAGAUUUACCAAAUGGCAGGUGAGAUUGCAGAUGGCAUGGCUUACCUGGCCCACAGAAAGAUAGUUCACAGAGACCUGGCCGCUAGGAACUGUCUUGUUGCUGAAGACAGAACUGUCAAAAUUGCUGAUUUUGGUAUGGCCAGAGAUGUGUAUAUGACAGAGUACUAUAGAAAAGAUCAGCGCGCUCUUCUACCUGUACGUUGGAUGGCACCAGAGUCCUUGAAAGAUGGAAUUUUUACCACCAUGUCUGAUGUAUGGUCCUUUGGAGUGGUGCUCUGGGAAAUGGUGACACUAGGAGAGCAGCCGUACCAAGGCCUAGGGAAUGAUGAAGUCUUGAACUAUGUCAUAGGCAAGCAGAGGAUGAACAGUCCUGUAGGCUGUCCACAUGAUCUCUACUCUUUGAUGCUGAUGUGCUGGACAUAUAAACCAGAUCUGCGCCCAAGCUUCAAGGAUUUAAUACAGAUUUUAUCCCCUCAUCUCAACUCGAAGUUUGAAGAAGUUUCUUUUUAUUACAAAGAGCUGAAACAGCUGAAUGCUGAGAGCCAGAAUGUGGAACAAAGUCCUGGGAUUGAGGGGGCCACAGGAGAAGAUCAAGGCCUGUGUCCUAAUGAUGAGGUGCCAUGUCCACCAGAUGGCAGUACCUACCCUACCCUGCAGAUAGGCAGGAACCAUUGGCAGCCCUCAGACACAGAGUCUGAUGAUGAGAGAAAGGACCAGGCUUCAGAGAGGUUAAAGUUGUUGCCUGCCAACACAGCAACUAAUGAAUAUACACUCAUGUCUCCACCUGCUCACAAAACUUUGGCUUUUUUUCCAACAUCACCCCUACAAACUUCACCCCUACAAAUGUCACCUCUACAAACAUCACCCCUACAAACAUCACCCCUACAAACAUCACCCCUACAAACAUCACCUCUACAAACAUCCUCCCUACAAUCAACCUCAUCCAUACAAACAUCCUCUCCAAAAUCAUCUCCCUUACAACCUUUGCUUCCAAAAUUAACAGCAUCUCAUCAGCCCUCCACAUCUCACCAGCCCACUACACCUCACCAGCCCUCCACAUCUCAUCAGCCCACUACACCUCACCAGCCCACCACUCCUCAUCAGCCCCCCCAGCCCACCCCACCUGUGAGUAAGCUCCAGACAGGAGUAAACUGUGCAGGGGAGACAACUCACCGGCUGACCAAGAGCAGCAGUGAUGGCAGUUCCUCCAGUGGGGGCAGUAACUAUCACAGCACCUCCAAUGGUCAUGGACCUUACCCACACCAACAGCCUGCACUUUGCUAGAUAGACACAGCAUUACAUCAACCCUCUCAUUGAUAAGGAGCAUUUCCCCUGCAGUAGACGAGCCACGUCUAAUGAAUUCAUAAUUGCAUUACUGUCACAACUCCAGCUGUUUUACAAUAUGAUACUUUGCUUACUGAAACCAAGAACCCAUACUACAGGAGCUAUUCAAAUGUUCUGUGGUAAAGACAAAGUUGAAUGUCUACAAGUGUUUCUAGUGGUCAUCUAAUUCCUGAAAAUUGAAUGCCGUUUCCUGUGAAUGGAUGAUGGCUUACUCUAAUGGUUUGUGAUUGAACCCAAGAGUGGAAGAGAGUAUUUCUACUGACAUCUUGCCUCAAUGUUUCAAUUGUAAAAACUAUCAACGGUUGCAAAUUUAGAUUUUUAUGUUUUUACACAUUAUUUUAUUGUAAAAAAAAGUUUUUGCUGUGAAAGGGGUUUAAGAUAACUUUUUAUCAAUGUACACAUUAGUAUUGAUCAAGGCCCCCCCCCCCCCAACUUGCUACAUGUACAUGUUUGAUUUGAUCAACAACUUUUAUUCAUCAACUCACAUUGGCCUUUAUCAAUCAAUAACUUGAAGCUUCAAAUUAUAGACAUGGAUGCAGUUUGUUUAAAUUUUUUGCUAUUUUGGCUGUGUAUAUUUUCUUUUAUUCUAUGCAUAUAUUAUAUACAAUCUCUUUUUAGAUUUUAAAUUGUGCAUAGCAAAGUUUUACCGACAACAUGUUGCCAUUUGUUUCUGACCUAUGUAAAAUUGUCCUGGCAACUUGUAUUCUCUAGCUAGAGAAGACUUGUACCUGUAGACAAGUGAGACCCAUUGUACAGACACCCGUAUUGUGCCUUGGUGUGCUAACAGGGCAGGAGGCAACAAGGCACUGCUGGCCCUGGGAUGUUUCUUUUAGCUACUUCAUAGAUUUCAUGCAUUAUUGGACUUUUUUGUGCCAUGCAAACUGUUGGCAACUGUACUCAAUAUUAAAUUUCAUGCAUUUUAUUUUGAGACUUUUUUGUGCCAUAUAAAAUAAUUUUUUUUCAUGUGCCAUUCUGUCAGUAAUUUCAAAGUGUAUCAUCUGUACAGAGAAAUGGAUGCAAUUGCAGUUUUUUUUUGGUUUCAGAAAUAAAGUUAGUGCAAACCAUU